AAGAGACGCGGCAGGAGGCGGCCAUUGGUGUCUGGAGGGAAAAAAGGUUUUGAUUUGGGGCUUGUGUUACGGGUGCUUUUGAAGGAGGAUUGUGGUCUGCACUACGUCGUAGAUACAUUAAAUGUUAAGGACCCGCGUGGUUUAAUGCGUGUUUUAUUUUGUUUUUGUUUAUUCGCGCAACUCUAGCUGUCUUGGGAGAGGCUACGAUGAUACCCCAUUCGUCCAGGGACACCAACCCCACAGUGACUGCCGUCAUGGACGAGGACGCGGAUAUGGACAUCUAUGAAGACCUCCACGACCGCGACCCAAGCUCGGCGAUCGAGCCCAAACGGGAUUUUUCCGACAUAGAAGACACGCCUGAGCUCGAUCUUUUGGACACUUCGGUCAUCCCGAGGUUGAAGACUCCGCAAAAGAAGCAGUGUGUGCAAGCGCGGCCGCCUGCCGCCGAGUCCAUCAGGGGGGGAAUCAGCGCGCUGCUUUCUGCAGGCGACGCGACCAAAGCGACGAGCCAUACCAACGAAACCGCGGUCGCUGGACCAGCCAAACCGCAGAGCACGUUGUCGAAACCAAUCGAUGUGACGGCCUGGGCCGCCUUGAAGAAGGAAAACGCCGUGCUGAAGCACAACAUCUCCAUCUUGUACCGGACAGCCAAGUAUCUGCUGCAGUCCAAGGACAAGGAGAUCUCAAAUCUUAGGCAGAAAUUGGACAAUCUGAUCUUCAGACGCAACCAAGGUGGAACGGACAGGCUGAACGGUUUUCGGGAACCACCUCCGCCACUCCCUCUUGCACGGCCUGAUCCGGAGAAGGCUUCUCCUAGACAACCACCCCAAGGGCACGCUAAACAUCCGACGGCCAAGCAAGCUCCGGAAAAGCCGAAAGCCGACCUCUCGGAGGACCUCCAGCGCCUCUACAAGUACCGCAAGGUGAAGUCCUCAGACAGAACGGAGUACAGCAAUGUGGAACCCCUGGAUGUCCCGACCAGAGAAGCCAAACCGCAGGAGAGGCGCGUCCGUCCGAUCAAGAGCACACCAAAAGACAUAAAAGGUCCGCGCAGGCCCGUACCGGACAUUCGAAGAAGGCCCAUCAGGAAGACCAUAGAUCGCGUAAGACCUGCGCAUGCUCUGAAAGAGGCGGCAGCGAACCGCAGGGGACACAAGCGCGGAAGACCCGCGAGUGCGGAAAGGCGGAGAUACCUCGCGGAACUCCCAAGCCCCAGGGAAAAGAGGUGGGACUCUCCUGCCGGGCGAAGGGAGGACGCACAAAGCCCAUACAACAAGAGGUACAGAGCGGCGAGGUCAAGGUCGCAUUCGAAAUCACACUCUCCACAUCACGGCGGCCGGAAACAGCCGAGCAAAGGGUCAAGGUCGCGUUCAAGGUCAUACACUCCGCCUCUAGACGUCCGGAGACAACCGAGCCACGGGCCGAGGUCGCGUUCGAGGUCAUACACUCCACCUCACGACGUCUGGAGACAGCCGCGCCACCGGUCAAGGUCACGUUCGAGGUCAUACACUCCGCCUCGCGACGGCCGGAAACAGUCCAGCCACGGCCACGGGAGUCGACACCGGCGCAGGAGUCGGAAGGAACUCCUAGGAACUGCGUCGCCCGACUACGGGGAGUGCGUCGGGGCAUGGCCGUCUAAGAGCCCUUCGACGCUGCCGCCUCACUUCUCGGACGAAUCGCCGCCACACACGCCCUAUGCCGGCAGGCAGCGGUCACGCUACUCAAGGUCUCCGCAGCACCUGGCACCGCCUGCCGGCGGCUCCGUCGAGAGGGCUGGCAUCUCGCAGCACCCUCCAGUGGUGCAUCCUGAUGCUCGUAGCCGGAUUCGAAAGUCGCGCAAAUUGCUUUCCGACAGCCAUGUUGUAAGGACUGCUGACUCGCAACACACUUCGGCGGUCCAGCGUGAUGCUCGGCGUCUUCUUAGGAGAUCGCACAAAAUCAGUUGUCUUCCGCAGACGCUCGACGGAGGUUCCAGUUUUUUGGCGAGGGCAUCUAAGAAGGCCUCAGUGAAAAGAAGUCCCCGUAAGGUUGUUCGAAGCUCCGUGGCCAAGACAGUGAGCAGUGUACCAAAGAACAACGCCUUGUGCAAGGAAGGGGAUGCCGGCUCCAAAAUGGAGCCGGUGGCCGAGGCGGGUGAGCGUUCGAUUCCAGUACCGCCGUGACACCUUUGCUUCGGGCAAUGCUGGGUGAUUCUGGAGCAUUUGUGGUGCUUGUAUACCUAUGUUUUUGCGCCGUAUUGCGCGGGGUAUUUAUGAUAAUCGGAACUAUGUCGGUGGCGGGUAAAGAGUAAGAUGGGAGGAGCUUCCAUUUUAUUCUUAUCCUGUCGCCAACUAUAUUUUGGACGCCUGUUUGCUAUUGCGUGCAUGUGUGUGUGUAUGGUUGUUCCUGCUUUUAUAGAAAAAAUAAAAAGUGGUCUAAUACUGUUUGGAAAGCA